AUGGUUGCCACAACCAUAGCACCCGAGACGAUCGUCAAUGGUGCCGCGCAAGCAAAAGCCGAUGGUUGCUGCGUUGUCGGGACCGAGCUGGAUCAGCGGCCUGCACCCUCCAUCGCCAACCAAGAGACCCUCGAAGCGCCCCUCCCGAACCCCUCACUGGUCGUCACAGCAGACCACCAGCUCAAGGCCGAAGAAGCGCCAGUACUCGCACCCAAACCGGGAGAAGCACUAGUGCACGUAAAGGCGACGGGCGUGUGCGGAUCCGACAUCCACUUCUGGAAGACUGGCCGCAUCGGCUCCCUCGUCUUCGAGGGAGACUGCAUCAUCGGCCACGAGGCCGCCGGCGUCGUCGUCCGCUGCGGCGAGGGCGUCGAGAACCUCACGCCCGGCGACCGGGUCGCCAUCGAGCCCGGCGUGCCCUGCGGCGAAUGCUUCCUCUGCACCGACGGCCGCUACAACCUCUGCGAAGACGUCCAGUUCGCGGGCGUCUAUCCUUACCACGGAACCAUCCAGCGGUACAAGUGCCAUCCCGCAAAAUGGCUUCACAAGCUCCCCGACAACAUCUCCUACGCCGAAGGCGCUCUUCUGGAGCCUCUGAGCGUCGGCAUGCACGGCAUCCGCACCGCCGGCCUCUCUCUCGGAGUCGGCGCCGUCGUCUGCGGCGCCGGCCCCAUCGGCCUCGUCACGCUCGCCGCCGCCCGCGCGUCGGGCGCCCACCCCCUCGUCAUCACCGACAUCGAGCCCUCGCGCCUCGCCUUCGCCAAGACGCUCGUCCCCGGCGUCGUCACCUACAACGUCGACCCCGCCCUCGGCAGCGAGGCCAACGGCAAGGCCAUCCGCAGGCUGUUCGGCGACGACGAGUACAGCGCCCCGCGGACGGUGCUCGAGUGCACCGGUGUCGAGAGCAGCAUCUGCACGGCCGCCUUCGCCGUCCGUCGCGGCGGGACGGUCAUGGUGAUUGGCGUCGGGCGCGAGAUCAUGAACAACCUGCCCUUCAUGCACAUCUCUCUCGCCGAGAUCAAGCUCCAGUUCAUCAACAGGUACCGUGACACAUGGCCCGCCGGCAUCGCUUGCCUAAGCAGCGGCAUUCUGGACCUCAAGAGCCUCGUCUCGCACACGUUCCCUCUUGAAAAGGCAUUCGAUGCCCUUACACUCGCCUCGGACUACAGGAACGGCAGCAUCAAAGUGCAGAUUGUGGAUGACAUCGACUCCCCCAUCUUCUGA